AUGUUCUUCGGGGCCAUCCGUCAUGCACAGGCUUCCGGCCCAGGGGCUGGCAGAAAGCGGGGCUGCCUAGCUGGGGCGUCGCUGGGAGGCCAUGCCCCGCGUGCGGCUUCCGGUCUCUUCCGCGCGGGCGCCGGGACUCCGCUACGUCAUUUCCGGCGGCGCUGGGCGUGGUCUGUUGGGAGUUGGCGGCUGCGGCGGCAGCCAAAGGCCUGCCAGCGGAGGCCAGCCGAGGUGGGGGAAGCCGGGCGGGGUCCGCCCCGACGCCCGGCGGCCCUGGACAGCCUGGCUUCCCCGCUGGAGCUGGAGCAGGACGUGCAGGGGAAAGUGGAUUCGUUUCGAGCCCGCAUCGCGCAGGAGGCCGAGGAUCUGGUGUCCACCUUCUUCCCUCAGAAGCUGUCGGAGCUGGACAGUCGGGUCCAGGAGCUGCGCCUGCAGGACCUGUCCAGGAUCCGCUCGGUGCCCGCCCUGGAGCCCGCCGCCGUGCCCGACCCCGCGGGGGACACGCCCAACCCGGACCCGCCGCCGCCGCUGCAGCCCCAGUCCUCGCCCAAGGUGCCGGCCCUGCCCGCCGGGGGCGAGAGACAGCUGCUGCGGAGCAACCAGCAUCUGGUGGAGCUGAUUGAGCGGGUAAAGCCCGAGAUCGAGCUGCUGAGAGAGAAGUGCAACACGGUGCGGAUGUGGGUGCAGCUGCUCAUCCCGAAGGUGGAGGACGGCGACAGCUUCGGCGUGUCCAUCCAGGAGGACACCGUGGACCAGCUGUGGACCGUGGAGAGCACCGCAGCCUCCUACCUGCGUCGCUUCUCCACCUACUACAACACCAGGGCCAAGCUGGUGUCCAAGAUCGUGAAGUACCCCCAGGUGGAAGAUUACCGCCGCACGGUGGCCGAGGUGGACGAGAACGAGUAUCUGAGCAUGCACCAGAUCCUGCUGCACGUUCGGAACCAGUACGCCACCUUGCACGACGUGAUCCUCAAAAACAUCGACAAGAUCAAAACCCCUCGGAGCACCAACACUGACAACCUCUACUGAGGGCCUUUCUCCACCCCUCUUUCCUUCAGGAGGUGGCCCAGCUGUUUAGGCAGCCAAAAGGGGUUCUUAAUGACUCUACAGGUGACGAAGCGACUGGAAAUGUGCGUUACGUUUAAUGACAGUUUCCUACGGCUUUAUCCUCACACUCAGGCCUUGUGGUGUAGCUGUUACUUGCUUUUCCUUUCCCCGAGAGGAGAGGGUUGGGUUGGCCAAGGGGGAGGACUGCUGUUUUUCAAAGCAGUUUUGUAGAUGAAUGUUGGCCAGGGUUCUUUUUUAUGGCAUUGGUGACAUUGGAUGGCUUCAGGGGUUACUCAAAGAAAAACCUAAAGUUCAAAAGAAAGUUAAGUGAAGUCUUUCCUGAGGUUCUGCUAUAUGUUACUUUGUUCAAACCUCAGAAAUGCUCCUUUUACCACCAUCGUUUGUUUUUUGCAAGGCAAGGGGUUUAAAGGGAUGUGUUUAGGUCAUUGUAUGUCUCCAGUUUGGCAGAUUGAAAUAAAACUUGGUUUUAACAUUUUAUGAUGUACUAAGUGUGCUUAUCUGAACUGUAAUCUUCAGAGGUAUAGGAUUUCUUUCCUCAUUUGGACUCAUACCCUUGAUAUUUUUAGGCUCUGAUGUGUAAGAAAAAUGAGUGUAUAAAGAGUAACAGAUCUUCAUUGUUCCAAAGAAAUGGACUGCCGUGCCUCCCUUAGAAUGAAAAGGACUCUAUGAAAACUGCUUCCUUGCACAGCUUUCUGCAUCUUCCGGUUUCCUUUCACACAGUAGAAUUCCUUCUGUGUAUUCAUUUAUCUCCUGCGUUCCUGCUGAAUCUUUUAAGCUAUGUAUCAUGUUUACUUUUUUUCUCCUCAGUUGAAUUUCAUCUCUCUUCCCCUUUUGUCUCUUGAGAUGUCUCUUAUGGCUUCUCAUUUGAAUUUCUGUCUCGCGUUAUAUGAAUUACUGUUUAUAUUUAAAGACUCUAAAAUGUGACUUUGAGUUUUUUCUUCCUGCUUUUGCUGCCUGGUUAAGAGGAAACCAUUAUCUUUUCAGCCAUGACCUAUACUGUUGAUAUUUUUCAAGUCCAGCAUUUCUAGAUUCCAGUUUCAGGUACAGUGAAUUAUUGCAUUUUAUGUCACCUCAUGCAUUAGAGUGAAUUUUUUCUGAUAUGAUUAAUCCUUUGUCCAUCAUGGUUUUUGUUCAGAAUUUUAGUUUUUUGAUAAUAAAUACACUUCAGUCAGCUUAAGUAUGUCUAUUCAGAACACCUUUUCUUAGUAUUACUGUCAUUCAAGGAUCUUCAUCACUCAGAAACACCAGGUGUGGAGGUUAUGUAAUAACAAAUUUGGAAUAAGCACGAGUGUGAGUUAUUUUUGAUACCUUUUUAUAAUAGGGGUGAGAUUAUUUCUGUGCACAAUGGAUAGCUUUUUCUCUUUUUCCCAUUUAUCUAACAACUUGUGCCCCGAAUCCCUGUAAUAUUUUUGAAACU